AACUCGCCUGCUUCUGCAGUGCCGUCCCAACGCGGCGCGCACGCGCUGAUGACGUCAACUUCGUCUCACAAGUACGGAUGCCGCGGCGCGGCGCCCCGCGAACGCCGUCAAACGCCAUCAUCUUGAGAAGCGAACAACGAGAGAAACAGGGACGGUAUUAUCCAAAGUCUUUGGCCAACAACACUGUCCUCUCUUCACAUUGGAAAUGGUUGAAAGCAUUGGGCCGUAUCGGACAAUUUUUAGCGUCUCAGUUGGUACUAGUUACUCAUCACCCUGCUUUAACACGUUCUCUACUUUCUAGUACUUCUAACUACACGCAAAAAAACAUGGUGCUUAUUUCUUCAAGGGCGAUGUUUAAUCCCGUGUUAAAACAGACUCUCAAACAAAUUAUCUUCACAAAGCAAUUGCUAAAAUGUCAAUGUCAUCAAUUGAAGAAUCGGCUAAUCCUUCCAACUGUUACUAGUCAGAGAUUCUAUGCUGUAUAUACAGAAAAGAAGGUAUUUAACCGCGAUAAACCACAUUGCAAUAUAGGCACUAUAGGUCAUGUAGAUCAUGGCAAAACUACUCUAACAGCAGCUAUUACCAAAGUCUUGUCUGAGAAGCAAUUAGCAAAAGCUAAAGGAUAUAGUGAGAUCGAUAAUGCUCCUGAAGAAAAGGCUCGUGGCAUUACCAUUAAUGUUGCACAUGUUGAAUAUCAAACAGAAGAUCGUCAUUAUGGACACACAGAUUGUCCAGGUCAUGCCGAUUACAUAAAAAAUAUGAUAACAGGAACUGCUCAAAUGGAUGGCGCUAUACUGGUCGUCGCUGCUACGGAUGGUACAAUGCCACAAACUAGAGAGCAUUUGCUUCUUGCUAAACAAAUUGGCAUCAAGCAUAUUGUUGUGUUUAUUAACAAGGUCGAUGCUGCUGAUUCAGAAAUGGUAGAAUUAGUAGAAAUGGAAGUACGAGAAUUGUUUUCUGAAAUGGGUUACGACGGCGAUAAUAUUCCAAUAGUAAAAGGUAGUGCGCUUUGCGCACUUGAAGGAAAAAACCCUGAAAUAGGUUCACAGACUGUUCUGCAGUUGUUAGAAACAGUAGAUAAAAAUAUCCCAACUCCAAUGAGAGAACUGGAUAAACCCUUCUUACUUCCAGUAGAGAAUGUAUAUUCUAUUCCUGGUAGAGGUACUGUGGUUACUGGUAGACUAGAGCGUGGUAAACUGAAGAAGGGGACGGAUUGCGAGUUUAUUGGUUAUAAUAAAGUUUUCAAAAGCAUAGUCGCAGGUGUAGAAAUGUUCCAUCAAAUAUUAGAGGAAGCCCAUGCCGGGGAUCAACUUGGCGCUCUAGUGAAAGGUUUAAAGAGAGACGAAAUAAAAAGAGGCAUGAUAAUGUGUAAACCUGGCUCUAUGAAGGCGUAUGAUCACAUAGAAGCACAAGUAUACCUGUUGAGUAAACAAGAAGGUGGUAGGAAAAAACCGAUUGCGAAUAUGAUACAAUUACAGAUGUUUUGUAGAACGUGGGACGUUGCAGCGCAAUGUUCGAUAGUGGGAAAGGAUUUAGCUAUGCCAGGAGAAGAUAGCACACUCGUACUAAAGUUGAUAAGACCAAUGGUAUUGGAGAAGGGACAACGUUUUACAUUACGAGAUGGAACGGUAACUCUAGGAACUGGUGUAAUCACUAACACUCUGAAAUCACUUACCGACUCGGAGCGACAAGAUCUUCUCGAGGGCAAAAAGGCGAUACUGAAAAAGGAUAAAAAAGCGAAACGAAAUUAGACUCAAUAAAUAUUUGUUACAAAAUAAAGCAGAAUUAUGCUGUGUAAUAAACAAAAUAUAAAUCAGCUUAGUGAAAGUUUGAUAAGAUACACAAGAUACGACCAUCAUAGAAUAUAAUAAUGAAUACAUAAUUUACGUAUUUAAAGAACGCAUUUCGCUAUAUUGUAAAUUGUAUAAUUUUAUUCAUUAACGAAGAACAAGUAUCAAUUCAGUUAUUGAGAUAUAUAUAUAUGUGUGUGUAUAUGUGUAUACACACACACAGGAUGGCCUUUGUAAGUGUUACAAGCUAUUAUCUCUAAAAGUAUCAAAUGAAAAAUAUGUUCAGACAAAAAUUUUUAACUUCGAGGGGGACAUAAAAUGGAACUAUUGGUUUGAUAUUGGCAAAGUUAGGGCAAGAUUAAUUUUAAUUUUUUAAAUUAAAUUCCCCACUUUUUAUUACAUAUUCUUGUAGCACACUUCAAGAGUUUUUCAAAACAUUAUAAUAAAAUAUUUUUUUCAUGAAGUAUUUUUCAAGUCGUUAGGUAAUGUUAAUGCUAGCAAUAUUGUAACUUUCAAGUCUUAUAAUAAAAAUGUUCUAUUUAAAAAUUUUAAAGUUACUUUACCUUGACUUUGACAAGGCCACCUAAAGUCAAACCAAUGGUUCCAUCUUAUGUCCUCCUCAAAGUCAUAAAACUUUUGUCUGAGCAUAUUUUUCAUUAGACAUAUACUUUCAGAGAUAAUAGCUUGUAACACUUUACGUGGGCCAUUCUGUGUGUGUUUAUAGAGUAUUGCUUUCAUUCCUUAUUCAUUUUUUUCAUGUAUGCAUAGAUAGAUGUAUUGUACAAGUUUUAAAUAAACAAACCAUUAAAUUAGUAAAAA